GGGAGUCGUGGCCGGCUUCCAACAACACCCACCGCUUUGUUCACUGGUCAUGACGGGCCAAUAGGUCCUCUUGAUCGGGUCGAUCUAUUUUCUUUCUCUCUCUCUCUCUCUCGCGGUCUUCGAGCCCCGACGCCAUACGCUAGCCGGACGGUGCUACUUGCACCAGCCAGCUGCCACCAUGCCGCCUUUCAUGGACCAGACCACCCAACUCCUCAAUGGUUGCAGCCACGAGGCCGAGCGAGCCACCAUUGUUGCGGGCCUGCUCACCGGCCUCCGCAACAGCCUCCCCGGAAACGCGUCGUCCUACCUGACCAAUGUGGUCGAGAGCAUCUACGCCGUGAGCGGCCUCCUCCGGGACGUCGCCGACAAGUGCCAGAUCCACAUCUCCCGCUCCCGCAUCGUCAUCGAGUACCUCGGCGUCUUGCUGCCCUGCCUGUCCCGUACGCUGAGGGACAUAACGAGCCACUACGACGACACGUCCCGUACCAAGGACGUCCGGUGUCGCAGGAUGUACCAUGUCUUGAGCAAUGAGAUGCCCGGGCUUACCCUUCCAGGCCGUUUUAUUCUCUACACCGCUUUCUUGAGGCUCCUGCGGGAUUUGGUAGUGAGAUCACAGAACUUCGACCUCAACAACCUCGAUACACUGCGUCGGCAGAUACUGGAAUUGAGGAAGGCCCGGAAUAUCGAACCCCCGGCACCAAGUAACCAACUUGUGCGGAGGGAGCUUGCCAUGACAUAUCUUGAGGAACCAGUCGUCGGUCAUUGGGCGGAGUCAAUCUUUACGCAGCCACUACCGAGCCGGCGAGAGUUCAACAAAGGGAUAAGCUCUACCUCAAGAGGUUAUGGAGACAACAAGCAGCUCGGCCACUUUGAAGUGCCUGCGGAUGCCCAGGUUCUCGUCAAAAGACCAUUUGACAACGACAGGGUUUGCAUCAUCUUCUAUCUCACAACGACCGACAGCACCCCUUGGCUGUUCAUGCGCACGCUCGAGAAUGGACUUUCGUGGGUCGACAUUCUCGGAGCGCACGAGCUAUGCAUCAAGCGCAUUCGGCCAUCAACGCUGUGCCUGACGAAGUGGGACUACACCAACAGUCGGAUCAAAGCGUGGGCGGAUCUGUGUUUCAUUACGUGGGAGGAAAUGGUUCUCUUCUACAACACCUUUGUUGCCCUCAAAGCCCAGAGCCCUCAGACUCUUAACACAGACCCCUGCGGUAUCCUUAAGGGCGAACGGAAGCUAUUCCAGGCGCAAAUUCUCGAAGGCAACUUCCACCACUGUCUCACUGUACUACGGGACUGCGAGACCCGUGGGCUACGCCUGCACGUAUCUGUAUGGGACGGCGAAUUCAAGGAUUGGCCCGUGUGGACAGCCUUUGUAUCCCCUUCGCCAUCUGGGACCUGGGUUGGCCGCAAGUCCCGCAAGCGCGUCUUGGUCCGCAACAUCGAGCCCUACGUCUUCAGCGACAUAUACCAGCGAGCAAGAACCGCAAGACCUGGUGCCAAGAGUCUCGGCGGCGGCAGGCUGCCUGGCUCUUCGGAGGCAUUUGAGAUCCACUUUGUCCAUGAAGAAGCCGCGCUUCGGUUCAAGGAUAUGUUUUCUGCGCUCAUGGACCAGAGCGCUACCGAGUCAUCCGAGGACGGCGAGCCGCCGGUAAUGUAGAAUGCGGCCUUGCGCGCACUACUUCAGAACGGAUGAGAGGUCAGCGUCGUCUUGUCCUCUCACGCCGAUUUCCCAACUCCAUCAUUAUGGCGCGGUAUGGAAUGAUGAGGCGGCUAGUGCAUUCUCGCCAUCUCACGAUCUCCCUUAUUGCGCCUUUUCACGAAUCCAGAUCUCCCAGCCCAAAACUAGGACGCUUCCAAAACCUUUACCACGACGCUACGACGACCCUUACGAAUUCUCACGAGCUUCUUACGAUAUUUAUGACGCAGCUGUGCUCACUCCGCACUUGAUU